CAUUUCUACUUGACGAUUAUCUUUACUAAAUGUUCUUUGUUUUUGUUGUUUUCAAGGGAGGGGCUGGACAUAUCGGCUCUGCUCAGGCUCUUCCUCAUCAAGGAUCUAGCUUCUAAUAAGGUAAAAGAGUCACUUGAUAUGGAGAACGAAAAUUCCUUGCAUCUCAUACCAGGCAAUCUAAGGAGACAAGUGAAUACUUUUGAGGCACGAAGCUUGCGUCUCAUGUUCUCGCGAAAUGUCAGUUCCCCUCUCCUCACAGGCAAUAAAAUUGAAGGAGAAGGAGGUAUCUCUAUCAACUUAACCUUAGUUGACGGCCUAAAAGGAGACGUAAAAUCUGGACCUGAAGCUACAGCGAAGGUUGAAAUACUGGCUCUGAGGGGUGAUUGUGUCGGACAUGAAGGAUGCAAUGGGAAAUUAGAAGACUUCAAUAAUAGGAUUGUUACUAAAAUGGAAGGAAAGAGAUCCAUAUUUCAAGGUACUACUACCCUAAAGCUUAAAGAAGGCAUCAGCAGCAUCGAUGAUCUUUCUUUUACACAGAGUUCAUGCUGGACGAAAAUAUCAAAGUUGUGCCUUGGGGCAAGAGCUGUGGAUAGCUUUCCAGGAACUACAAUAGAGCCAGCAGAGACGGAAUCCUUCGAUCUUAAAGAUAAUCGCACUACAUCAUAUGCAAAGAAAAAUAUUCCAUUGUUGUCUGAUAAAGUAUCACGGAUUAACUGUAUUGGGAAAGUCGCAACAAAACGUCUGAAUGAUGUAGAGGUCAAAACCGUAAAGGAUCUUCUAGUACUCCUCAACACAAAUCCACAGAGACUCCACAAGAUACUUAAUUUCAACUCCAAGGCAUUGGAGGGAGUAACAGACCAUGCAAAGACAUGCAUAAUUGAUGAAGCCAAGGUCUACAUGUACAUUGAUCCCAAUUCACAACAAAUGUGUGGUGUUGUAUAUGAUGUUAUACGACAAGUGAAGGGAUUAAUCAAGGAAUACCAGUACUUUCCUUUUCAUAGGCUAUCUGAUAAUGAAAAGAAGAAUGCAAAAAAUUUGGUAGUACGUGCGCUUGGUCAGGGGGAAAAGGUGAGCACAUAUAACGAUUUAAACUCUCUCAUGGAAUGCUUUCCUCUAGCAUUGGAGUCAGCAGUCAAGGGAAAUUCUAAUCAAUUCAUCAGCUGGGAUUCUCCGUUGUUCGAUACGUGGGAGCAAGCAGGUAGUCCACCAUACAAUAUCUGUAUUAAUUGCAUUGGGAAAUCAAGUCCAAUGAGAUCUCAUGAACAAGGCCUCUGCAGUCCAACAUACUCUAUUUCCCAUUAUGAGGAAGAAUUUCUGAAUUUAGUGACCUUCAACAAUCAACGUGAAAGGAAAUCAAAGCUUAAACUGUCAUGGUUUAUUAUCUGUGUUUCAAGGUUCUUUGUGAUGAAGAAAAGGGUUGGAACCUCUGUUAACAAAAGACAGAAGAUCUCAUGACAUGUGCAGAAAAGAUUAAUUCAUAGUUACAUACAUGAUAAUUUAGAACUAGUCUUAUAGGAACUGCAGAUGAAGAUAGGUGCAGGUUCAGGGUAGUAGAAUGUUAGUAUAUUUUCUUCCACUUUGUUUGGUUUUGCAUAGACCUCACUAAUUGUUUGUCAUGUACUGAUGAUUACCAUGUAUUUUCAUGUUUCAUAUAUAUAAAAUGUUGAACUCAAAAUCAUUUUACUCAGGGUUCAUGUAUUUUUA